AUGUCCCCAUCAAUUGAACCCUCUGCCCGCCUCGAUGCCAGUCGACAACGCGCACCCGACUCGAGUCAGGCGAGCCUGUGAUGGGUGCCGGUUGAGGAAGGUUAAAUGCGACGGAGCCCAGCCAUGUGCCAACUGCGAGACUCAUGGCAUUCGGUGCGUUGGCGCAACUCUUGAGCCAGAGAGACGCAAAAAUCCCAUCCGGGGUAGACUUGUUGCGAAAGCUCGGGGAGAAAUCACGGGAGAACCAUCCCCUCCACAAGCACAGCAUCCAGUCGCCGUCUAUGGAAGCCAGCUUUCACCUGGCCAAACUGUCCUUCUUGGAUCCUCGUCUGGUCCUCCGCCACCUAAAGACUUCUUUCGAAACCUUCUCCCGCAAUUCGAACAGAUCAUUUACCCCUUCAACCCCGCAGUCUCCCCGGCCGACAUAUUCGCCGCCAUCGACGCCAUGGACGAGAGUUUUGAAGACGCUGCCUUGGUUUAUGCUUUUGGAGCUACGACUGCGUUUCUGACAGAGACCUCGGCCACCAUGCACGGCGAUGCUGCUUCGCAAAUGAACGAGCUUCUUCAAUACAGCCUGGAGGCUCACAGGCGCGUCGACCUUGGCCCAGACUCAUUCAUCCGGCUAGAUGAGACCCCUCUCAUCACCAACAAGCGGAUCAUGACGUGUAUCUAUCUUGAAAUUGCCAUGAUGCCCCUCAAGUUCUAUGAUCGCAGCUUCGGCCAUCUUCGAGAAGCCAUCACCAUGAUCCAGGUCGUCCAGACACGCCAGCGUAGCGCAGAGACACUCCGGGGAGCCGACUUGGUCAUGUUUCAGAGACUCUACUGGGAGGCCUACAUUCAUGAGAGAUUCCUCACCAUCGCAUCAGGCUUUCCCAGCAUCCUCCCUCCCCUCAAGUCUGGAGUCCCGAUGCGGGAUCCAAUCAUUGCAGCGCACAUUCAAAUCGGCUUUGAUCGAAUCAUUGAACUCUUUACCAUCCUCGACGACGUUUUGUUGUCGAAUUGGGAUGGUAGAGAAGAUAGGGCUACGCAAAUCACAGUCGACUGGAUCGAAAGCAAACAGGUGCAGCUUGACCAACAUGAAAUAAAUGCCGCGGAAUCCGAGCGCGAACUUCGCUUCAGCGGCCACGAUGGCUUCACAGAGCUACAGCACGCCGAUUUGUUCAUCACCAGGCUCUGGAUACGGACGCUGCUCUGGCAGCUCGCCCUCUCCAAGGGGUUCUUACGCUUGGCUCCCGCACAUACCCACGAGGGUCUCUCAUUACAAUUCCCCGCUCUACGCCUGACAACACAGCUUCGGAGCCUCGUCAGCCGCCUGGACAGCAUUGCUAGCAUCAGCACACAGGGCAGCGGUAUCCUCCAGAAACUGUUCGAGAUCACCAGCACCAUUGCCGACGUUCUGGCCGUGUCUGUCAACCAGCCGAGCAUGGAGAGCCACAUUGAAGAUUUCCUUUACAUAGCGCGCUUUCUCAUCAACUUUGAGCGCAUGCGCGACAAGCACAGGGUCUAUUUGCAGGAGAAGAUGGACACGCUUCGAGGGUCGUAUCCCGGACUACCAUUUUCACCAGUCCCCUUGGGUGCUUUGUCGCAGGCUUCGUCGCCAAUGGACCAGCUAUGACCAAGAUGCGCUGCUAUCUGCGAGUGUGACUUUUUUCAUGACUGAUGUGUGAUUUCUGACAGACCAUUGCACUCAAGGAUUGCAUGUUGGAAAUGAUCAUGCUAAUGCUAAUACUCCACGCCAUGUAUCCGCCGGUGAACACUUCACUCCGACAGACAGGCGACUGCUCUACCGUCUAGUUGACAUCCCCACGCACAUAAUUACAAACAAGACAUCCACUAUUUACAGAUGAGGCUGUCCAAUAUCAAGCACCUGUCCCUGCGUGCCGGCCAUAUCCUCCCACAGCUGAACCGAAUCAAACACGCUGUGUGACCC